UCCCCCUCUUCUCUCUCUCCCUCUCUCUCAUUCUCUCUCUCCUCCAACGGACUUGUUCUUCCCUUCUGUUCCACACUCUCUGCCUUGUGUUUUUGUUUCCCCCAAUUUUUCCCACUUUCCAUCUCUCUCUCUCUGCUUUCUUCUUCUUUCUUGUUCCGGUAAUGUAACUCGCUCCUUUCUCUCUGGUUUUGGGAGAGCAAGGUUGUACUGUUACAGGUUAAUGGCGUAUAUGUGCGCAGACAGUGGCAAUCUAAUGGCAAUUGCCCAACAAGUCAUCAAGCAGAAACAACAGCAGGAGCAGCAGCAGCAACAGCAGCAGCAGCUUUGUCCGCUUACCCCCUUUUCGCUUCUUCCUUGGACUACUACCAAUUCUUCUCCAACAAUGGCUUCUUCUUCUUCUUCUCCUAAUUUAUCCUUUGGGGUUUCUGGUUCUGCCUUCGCUGACCCCUUCCAGGUCGCCGGAGAUGCGGAUUCUGCUGAGCCGGCUUUUCAUUUUCCCAAUUUGGAGCAUCCAUCUGCUGGGUUUAGGUUCUUCCCUAACUUCGGCGGUGGGGAGUUCGACUCUGAUGAGUGGAUGGAUAGUUUGGUCGGCGGUGGAGAUUCGACGGAUAGCUCUACUCUGCCGUCUGGUUGUGAUGCUUAUGCCGAGUAUGGUCUCUUUGGUGUGGAUCUCUUUAAUGGCUCUCCGAGUCGACUCGUUGUCGCUUGCUCUCCGCCGUCUGAUUUUAACCGAGCUGUUCUACCGGAAAGUUCGUGCAACACGAGUACCGUUCCGCCGCCGCCGUGGAGUUCUCCUCCGCCAUCAAUAAAGGAUGCUAGAGUAGCCAAUCCACCGGCGGAGAAGCUGCAGACGAACGACGUUGUAGAAGCCUCGUCGAGCGCGCCUGAAGAGGUGUUGCCGUCCCCGCCACCGCCGCUUCUUAAAGUCUUGCUGGAUUGUGCGCGGCUCUGUGAUUCCGAGCCCGACAGAGCCGUAAAAACUCUCGAUCGGAUCGGUAAAUCGUUGCUAGAACAUGGAGAUCCGAUUGAGCGAGUGGCGUUUUACUUCGGCGAAGCUCUUCGGAACAGAUUAUCCCCGGCGGCGAGGAACAAUUUCAUGGAUUCAAUUGAGACCGAUGCUAAUUCCGAAGAUUUCUUGCUCUCGUACAAAGCUCUGAACGACGCUUGUCCUUACUCCAAGUUCGCACAUCUCACGGCGAACCAAGCAAUUCUGGAAGCUACACAGAGAGCCAGUAAAAUACACAUUGUCGACUUCGGAAUCGUUCAGGGCGUUCAAUGGGCGGCGCUUCUGCAAGCUUUGACCACGCGAGCCACCGGAAAGCCUAUCAAAGUUCGUAUCUCCGGAAUACCUGCACCAUCGCUUGGGGAGUCUCCAGCGGCGUCGCUGUACGCCACCGGCAAUAGACUCUCCGAGUUCGCAAAGCUUCUGGAACUGAAUUUCGAGUUCGAACCGAUUCUAACGCCGAUUGAGGAUCUGAACAAAUCGAGCUUCAGCAUCCAAUCGGACGAGGUAUUGGCGGUGAAUUUCAUGCUUCAAUUGUACGGUCUCCUCGACGAGGUUCCGGUUGGUGUUCAUAAUGCUCUCCGAUUAGCGAAAUCGCUAAGCCCUAAAAUUGUGACUCUCGGCGAGUACGAGGCGAGUUUGAACCGGACUGAAUUCUACAAUCGCUUCAAAAACGCAUUGAAAUACUACUCCGCCAUUUUCGAAUCGCUAGAGCCAAACCUGCCUCGAGACUCGCCGGAAAGGCUCCAAUUAGAGAAACUGUUGAUCGGUCGUCGAAUCGCCGGCGUGAUUGGAACGGAAGAAGAAUCAGGAAGCAAAAGAAGAGUACGCAUGGAAGACAAAGAAGAAUGGAAGAAUUUGAUGGAGAGCUCCGGAUUCGAACCUGUAGCACUCAGCCAUUACGCCAUUAGUCAGGCCAAAAUACUUCUAUGGAACUACAAUUACAAUUCUCUCUACUCUCUGAUCGAAUCGGCACCGGAAUUUCUUUCUCUGGCAUGGAACGACGUACCUCUCUUAACUGUAUCUUCCUGGCGUUGAUCGAUUGCCUAUAAUUUUUCUUCUUCUUCUUCUUCUUCUUUUCGUUGUUGGUGAAAAUCAGUGUCGAUCAGCCAGGUCUUUUUCACUGGUAUGGUAUGAUACUGAAAACGAAAGCGAAACAAAUAUCAAAUUGCAGUAUGGAUGACGCCAUUGCUACACAUUUUCAAAA